AUGCUCUCUUCUGGAAGCGAGAAGAAACCCGCUAGACGACGUGUUCCUGAUUCGCAGCGCCGCCGGACCUUGGUGAGCUGCGAUCGAUGCAAAACCCGUCGCAUUCGCUGCUGUCGCAACAAUGAGAACGAAAGCUGCACCAGUUGCCUCAACGGAGGCGUCAAAUGCGAGUCGACUCUGCCGAGGAAGCAACGCGUAUACGGGAGUGUGGAGAGGUUCAGCUUACGGUAUCGCGCUCUAGACGCGCUCGUUCGGGGCCUGUUUCCGAACGAAGAUACCGACGACAUAGAGGUUCUGUUUCAACUAGGCAGGAAUCACAACAUACCUAUGCCGUCGCCAGACGACGAGUCGCAUGCACCGGAAGCUUUCAAUCAAGAUACAAUUGCCGCUACAAGCAAAUCGCCCGUUGGCAAUACCGAUGUCCAGAUGAUCAAGGAUGAUUGUCCCGCAUUCGAAGUGGUGUAUGAGCGCAUGGUGCCCGGCCCUCGUCGGAUUUUACACUACGUCGGCCCGUCUAGCAGUUCGGAGUUUGCUUCGAUUAUCCGACACUUGGUGACAAGAUACAAGAAGAUCACAAAUCCAACAUCGUGCAGUCAAGCACAAGCGCACGAUAAGAAGGCAACAUCAAACCUUCUACAUUCUCGGAGCAAAGCAGCUCCGAGCUUUGCAAAUGGUCACUCUAUAGACUCGGCAAUUGGAGAGGGACAGCAGACAGAGAUGAAGAGCUGGGGUGCGAGAAAAAUGACGCCUCUGCAGCAAGGUCAAGCUAGCUUGCCUUCAAGCAAGAGGCCUUCACAGGACUUGAGCUCAGGCGUUGACAAAAGCAGUAACUUACGGAGCCUCUUACGAGAUCUUUUGCCCCAGAGAAGGCUCUGUGACGCCUUGGUGCAAGCAUACCUUGAUAAUCUCCAUGGCCCAUUUCAGGUUUUUUAUAAACCGAUCUUUCAGCUCCGGUAUAACCUCAUCUGGGAUAAUGAAAUUGCGCAGACGGGAAAUACAGACGUAGGCUGGACCUGCUGUCUGUUUAUGGUCAUCAUCCUGGGUGCCGACAUUCUAGGGCCCGAGCAUUGUCCUGAUUCGAUUCUCAUUCAAACCAAAUAUAUGAGGCUUGUACGGGAUAGUUUCCAGGCGCUUGUUUUCACUGCGACCCUGGAAAACGUCCAAGCCUUGCUGUUGCUUCAGUUGUAUGAGCAGAAUUCCGGCGAGCGCAAUACCUCCUGGCUCAUCUUGGGGCUGGCAGUUCGCAUGGCAAUCACUCUUGGCAUGCAUCGCGAGGGAACAUACGCCAGCUUCGAUAAGGCCGAAGCACAUACACGACGCGUUGUGUGGUGGACACUGUACCAGGUGGAAUUCAAUAUGUCCAUGAUUCUAGGCCGCCCCCCUACCAUCAAUGCGAAAGAAGUGAACGUCUCGCUACCCGAAGACGGUGCGCUGGAUGGCAUAGGAUACCCGCUAGGAUUCGAAGACCAUUAUUUAAAAAUGACCAAUAUUGGAUACCGAGUCAGAAGAUUGAUUACGAUAGUGACACCCAAAUAUACCGAUGAGUCGGCUUUGCUCUCCCACCAGGAACAGAUCAGAUUGCUUCUACAGCAGCUGGAGGCUUGGAAAGCUCAGUUACCUCACCAUUUCGCGCCAGAAUCGCCAAUGGUAACCAUACGACAUCGCCGUGCAGUAAUUCUUCUGCAAGCAUUAUACUAUCACCAUAGAUCCGUACUCACACGGGCUUUUCUCGCUUGCAGGAGCAGCCGCAGUAUUGAUCGGCUGUCUCAGGAGCCUAAUCAAGACCUUGGCCCCGUGACUGCUGUGACGGAAUACUUCAGUCGUGAAUGUCGGACUUCAUCUCUCGCACUCUUGGAUUGUUUCCUCCACCUUUCGAAAUAUGGGUUGUUAGAAGGCGUUGCGUGGAUAGAUUUCUACUACAUCUGCCAUAGCGUUAUGGCUCUAGGACUUUUCGAGCUCGGCCAGCCCAGUGAGACUGCGUCAGAUCCAGAAUAUGAAUUGAGCACGUCUAAGAUCGCCGCUGUGAAUGACAUUGUUACUCAGGUCCGACUGGCGCCGACAUACAAAAUUUUCACCAAGGUGACCCUCGGGUUUGCCAGGACGGUAGGACUGGGGAUUCGGAAACCCUCCCCCGCCGAAGAAGUCGGCACACAGCAGCAGGUUUUCCAGGAACCACCACAGCCGUCUACGCUGAGUAGCCCCUAUACAAGUGUUCCGUACGGUCAAGUGCCGUGGUCGAUGCCUGAGAUGAAUAAUUCGCCAAUGGUUCCUGCCCCGACUGAAAAUACGCUGUCCCCUCCUGGUCUUCUUGGGUGGUUCUGGCAUGAAGCGAACAGCGGGUCACACAUGCCCUGGGAUAUGUUUAACCUGGGAAAUAUACAACUCUCUGGUGCAGAAUACAUGGAAGCUCCACCACAGAGUUAUACCACGUACACGGGGCAGCAGCAUUGGCCUAGCUGAGCUUGAGACGCAUCCGGUUUUAGGCAGGCCAUCUUCAGAUCAGUCACAUCCACAUGGCAUGCUAGUGGAAUCAGUCGAUUUUUGACUUCUCAGUCAGUCAGUCUUUCAUCAGAACAGUCGAAUAUGACACUUCGUACAUGAAAGUGAAGUGUCUUUUCUCUCGUCUCUUUCCUCCUUGUUCUCUCCAUAUCCUUACGUAAGCAAAGGAGCAUUCGAUGACAUCACCGCCGUCUCGAAGCGGCCAAGAUGUGGGUCUCUAGGCAAAGGCU